UCCUUUGGCUCCAAAAUGACAUCCGGAGAACCAAAGACAAGCCUGAAGAAUGCCUACACAUCUGCCAAAAGGCUGUCGCAGAAGGUGGAGGAGGAGGGGGAGGCAGAAGACUACUGCACCCCCGGAGCCUUCGAGCUGGAGCGGCUCUUCUGGAAGGGCAGUCCCCAGUACACCCAUGUCAACGAGGUCUGGCCCAAGCUCUACAUUGGGGAUGAGGCGACGGCGCUGGACCGCUACCGGCUGCAGAAGGCGGGUUUCACACACGUGCUGAACGCCGCCCACGGUCGCUGGAACGUAGACACCGGGCCUGACUACUACCGCGACAUGGCCAUCGAGUACCACGGCGUCGAGGCCGACGACCUGCCCACCUUCGACCUCAGCGUCUUCUUCUACUCGGCGGCCGCCUUCAUCGACUCCGCGCUCCGGAACGACCACAAUAAGAUCCUGGUCCACUGUGUCAUGGGCCGCAGCCGGUCGGCGACCCUGGUCCUGGCCUACCUGAUGAUCCACAGGAAUAUGACCCUAGUGGAUGCCAUCCAACAAGUGGCCAAGAACCGCUGUGUCCUCCCCAACCGGGGCUUUCUGAAGCAGCUCCGUGAACUGGACAAGCAGCUGGUGCAGCAGCGGCGUGGGGCCCAGCGCCAGGACAGCGAGGAGGACAGCGAGGUGGGGCGGUAGGGCCCUUCACAUGGAAAGGGAGAGGGGAAGGCUGGGAAGAACUGCGGCCCGGCACUUCUUUGCAACGAAGAAGGAACAG